AUGUCGCUACAAAAUCUCCCAUAUGCCUCUGAGCUUGAGGGAGAAGCGAAGCGCCUUCUGGACGAAAUAAUAGAAAACUUAUGCGCAGCUUCGAAAGCAAAAGAUUGGGGACCAGGUGUUGCUUUCUGGGUUAAGCAAUUGAAUGGUUAUCUUGACUUGCAACACACCUUAGCACGCGAAAUUAGAGCACAACUUGCUCAUAUACUAUAUGAACUAGUAGUUACUCCAGGCAUUGACUAUGCUCAGGUUGAAAUAUAUGCUAAUGCAUGCGUAAGGCUAAUCAAAAAACAAAUAGGAUCAGUUGUGCGUUUGGUUGACCAUGCUCAGAGAUUCUUCCCCCCGGGUUCAACAACAGCCAUCCUCCAAAGAAUCCUACCGCUCUACAACGCCAAUUCUGCGGGGGACACGAUGGCUGCCCAAGCCUUUUUAAUUCACUUUCUUCCAACUGUCCCAUCCCCGUUGUCAUCAGUUUCUCCUACCUCAAACUCUCCAUCAUCAUGGCUUCCUUCAAUCUUCACACUCUGGUCACUUGUGCCUGGUUCGAUGCUAUUUCAAACAGAACUCGUCGACUUGCUAGCUCGCGUAGCUGAAGAUAAUGUUCAUAUUGAGAUGAACGAUCCAGAUUAUAUUGGAGUAUUCACCAAAUCACAGAUCAGAAGUGUAUUUGCCAUUGGAGCAAAGCUAAUGGAUUUGCCCGUUGGUAGUAGUAUUACUGGAAAUAAUGCAAGGGAUCGGACGUCGACUGGUGGAUGGUUUUCGAAACUGGAUAUGCGAGCUGGAAGUGCUCUACUUCUGAAGAAGAAAGGGGAUAGGUUCAAAAUGUUUGCAAAGCUUAUUGUGUACACUAUCUUCCCAUCUGAUGGACUACCAACUGAGGAGACUUCACUCGGUCAUCUAAUUAAUCUGAUUCAGGCUACCGAGUCAUUUUACCAUCCAAGCAAUUUUGGGAGAUGGACGUUCCCAAUGGUUCGCUUCUUACAAUCCCUGGGAUAUGAAUUUCUGCGUAGAUGGAAGGAGGAACAAAAGCCGAAUUGUAAAACGCCUGAACAUCUCAGAUUAACAGCCGACUUGAAACGCGACUUUGUAACAACACUCAGAAGUGUCACCUUUUUGUCAAUGUUCGGGAAGGAUCAGAGUUCCGUCUCUGCUAGUCAUGCAGCGUUGAAGUAUUUAGCUUGGCUUGAACCAGCAGUUAUUCUUCCAGGACUAUUGGAGAGAGCAUACCCAUCAUUGGAAUCGUUAACUGAGACACACCGUACAACUUCUUGCAUCUCUGCACUAUCGCUAUGCGCUCCAGCACUCUUCUCUCGUGCACACUAUCCCACGGGCGGCAAGCACUUGGCUCCGCUUCUCCAUUUGGUCCUUCCGGGGGUCGACAUGAACGACCCGUUGAAAACCAUCUCCUCCCUCUUAUUCAUAACUCACUCUAUUAUUGGCGUGCCGUUGAUCGAUGUGACUGAAGGAAACGGGAAUGGAAAUGCUCCCCGUUGGUCGGGAAUGGAUGUUGACGAAGGAGACGCCAGCGGGAUGGAGGUUGAUGAAGGGGAAGAGGAUGGUAUGGCCAGAGCCGGUACGGCUGAGUUUGAAGACUGGGUUGCAAAAUUUUUGCGAAGGUUCGAAUAUUUUCCCCAGCAGGCUAGUGGGAAAAUGAAUACAUAUAAUCUGGAUACUGGGCUUAUCUCCGUAUUAUUGCAUGCUUGUGAAGUGGUUGGCUUUCAAUUAUCUGAACAUUUGCAAGACAUAGCACUAAAGAUGAUAGUUGACUUUGCAACAAGCACUAUUUUACAAAAUGCUAUCAAACCAAUGGGUCACCUCUGCGCUGCAGUAACAUCACCAAACCGCCGAAAGGGCCUUGCCAAGUUUAUUCCAAUAUGUCGCACAAACAUUCUCAUAGAACUUCAACACGGCGCUUCCUCCACUCCCACAGUGUCCUCUUCACACCACAUCCAAUCCGACACGAGAUUUCACUGGUAUCAAUGUAUUCUUUAUAACGUGGUCAUGUUUAGUGGACCAGAAUUGUUAGAUUAUAAGAAGGAAUUGAUUGAGCUAGGAAAGGAAAUGGUUGGAAAGUGUAGAUCGCGGAGAGGAUACAUGUGGGCUGGCAAGUUUUUGAGACAGAUGUUGGGCGCGUUGACGGGUAUUUAUCCGAACGAAUGUAGGAAUGUCGAUCAAGAGACAUGGCUUUCUGAUGAGUACAGACAUAAUCACUACAAAUAUUGGGGCAAACCUGGUGAUUCACAGAACGUUAAAAUCGACUGGCACAUCCCUUCUGACGCUGAGAAAGACCUUGCAUUGGAAUUACUUGACAAUUUCUUAAAGCCAUCGAUCACCAGACUAAAAGAGUUGAUGGCUACUGGGACAGAUGAAGAGGGAAAACCAUUGGGUACUCGUGAGAUGUCGAAUGAAUUUUGUCGACAUUUAAGUAUUGUCAGGAAUUGUUUAACAGGAACAAAUACAAUGGUUUACGAUGAUGGAGACAAUAGCUUAUCUGAGUUUAGUGACAAUGAGACUGCUUCUGUUCGACCAUUGAGAAAAUUGUAUAGUGGAUACUGUUUCACUGAUCCAAAUGAUGCACGAACUCACACAGCGAGACAGUUGCGUAGACAGUUGGGAGAAUUCUUACAUGAGCUUGCAACGUAUUUCCGCACAAAUCGUGAGAACGACAUUGAGAGCUUGAAGAUCCUGUUAAAAGCGAUGAAGAUGUACUUAACUAAUCGGGGUGUUGAGAAGUCUAAAUACGAUGCUAGCAGGCGCGGAUAUAAUUAUCAGAAGGAUAUACUGAAGGUUUCUCACCAUGACAAGAGCUAUCCACGAUAUCUGUUGGUGAAACGCGUAUAUCAACGCCAUUUAUGUCGAUUGAAGCAGAAUGCAUUCAACCGCCCUCGAACGCAAUUGCAUGAUCAUCUGUUGGGAGAUCUGACUGAACUGUCUCUGAGUCUAUAUUCCGAAAUUAGAAGAAUAGCGCAAGCUUGUUUGACUAAUGCCUCAAGAUGUUUCAUUGGAGCCAAACCAUUAAUAAUACCAAAACUACUAAGUGCGCUUGAAGCCGGAGAGAAUGCUCAUCCUGACAGAAUGAAAGGCGCCCUAUAUCUCCUUAAUUCACGCACUUAUAUGCAUACCUGCCUACGUGAUUGGCGAUUUGUUCCAUCUUUUAUUAUACACAUAUGUCAAGCGCAACACGAAGACAAGCCAUCCGUGCAAGAAUUGAUACGAAGAGUGUUUUACGAUUAUCUGAUCAAUUACGGAAAUACCGCAUUCCAAGUUGAAUUAACCGAAGGUUUAAACGACGCAAUAGACAGCUUAUUGAAAACAUCAUCAGUGACUAUAAACGAUGUCCAGUACAAGGAUAUCCAGGAGAAAGUAGAGCGUAAGAUGGCAUUGCAGAAGAAAAAUUAUUUUGAAUUGGUGGAAGCCCUUCUUGAACUAGUAAAGUCAAACACGCUUCACUGGCGCUUUACUCUGAUGGUCACCAACUUUUUGGAUGUCCUUAUCCGUCCUGAGGCAGCAGUGAAACCGGAGCUAGCAGACUUUGUAGUCAAGAGUCUAGUAUCCGAGCUUCCUUCCCUACGACGUAUAGCGAUAAUAGCUACGACGAAAAUACUACUUUACAUGAAGCAACGAGCCUAUCAUCAAGGCGAAAUAGAACUAUUACCACUCAACGAUAAAAAACAUCCAAUGAAGAAAAUGGUCACAACCCCUAAACCCUUGCCAAGUGGUUUUGUUAAUGAUUAUUUGACAUCAGGGUUGAUUCCUAUUGCAAAGAGUAAAACUGAAAACAUGUUUGAAAAGAGCAGCAUUGGUUGGCUGCUCUGGCCAGCAUCCUUUACAGGCUAUAUGCCACGCACAUCAUCAAUUGCCCUAUUCCCGAUCGACGCUGAGUCUUCUGCAACCUAUUCUACUCUGCUAUCAUACUUUACAUCUGCACAAUUUUGGAACUCGCUGUCUGUAUACAUGUCGCAAGAAUUAGCUCGUGACAAAGACGACGUUUUCUCGACUGUUAAUGCAAAUUUAUUUAAGAGCAUAUACCAAAUAUACGAGGAUCAGGCGUUAGAUGUGUUCAAACCAGAAGUAAAUGCAUUAUGCAAUGCUUCUGAAGAGAAGAACAAACAGCGGGCUGCAGCUGAGAUGUUGGCAGGGUUGGUUAGAGGGAGCAAGCAUUGGGAUGUGGGAAAGUUGGAUGCGUUAUGGGCAUGGAUGAUUCCGUUAUUGGGGAAGACUUUUAAUGCUAUUACACCGGAUUCGCUGAUAUACUGGGAUAAGUUUCUUGGAUACUGUCUUCGUAAUCGAGACCCACGCAGAGUAUAUCCUCUUAUCGAGCUUGUCCUUCAAUCUCAUUUUGAUCCAACAUCGCAUGCAUCGUUCAACGAAGCAAAAAAACUAUAUUUCAUAAACACUGUAAUUAGCUCCUUUUCAUGGCGUAUAACGCCUCAAUCAAUGCCUCUGGUAGAAAUAUUCACAGCUAACGUACGACAUCCUUAUAAACAAGUGAGAGAUGUUAUGGCAGCUAAUAUUAAUUUAUUGUUGCAAAUACAAUGGCAUCCGUCGUUUGGUGAUUUGGAGACGUUGUUAAGGAGUCAUCAGGAAGUAUCUGGGAGGAUAGGAUACGUGCCUACAACAUGUAACGCAAGAGUCGAAGAGAUUCUCGAAAACUUGGUGAAGGCUCUGGCUGAAUGGAGAGCAGUCAAGAUUCCGACUGCCACUGGGUCUUCAGAGUAUGGAAAUGCUUCGAAAACGGUUCUCGCAUGGCUUUACGAAUCCUUGUGUGGUUUUCAGGCCACAGGCACAUAUCCGUUUAUCGUUCCCCUUUUACCGGAAAUCUUUCAAAUGCAAGAUAUCAACGAUGACCAAGAUCUCCAAAACAUGGCUACACAUGUUCUCAAUCAAAUAGCUUCGUACACCUAUCCACCAGCUAUAGUCCACCAGAUGAUCGAUAAAUUCGUGGAAAUCUUGACAGAAUCACCCAGCUGGCAUGUGAGGGUUAAAGCUUUGCCGGUAAUACAAGUAUUCUAUUUUAAACAUUUGUUCACGUUGACCAAGGCGGAGAUGAUUAAGGUUAUGGAUGUUGUCAGUGGAAUGUUGAUGGAUAUGCAGAUUGAGGUUCGUCAGUUGGCUGCUGUGACACUUGCUGGUCUUAUUCGAUGCUCACAAAGAGAUGCAAUUACGACUUUGGAGCAACGUUUCACCGAACUCAUUAAAGUAAAAAUCCCAUCUCGCAAGAGAACCGACAAACCCCUGAACGCAGUCAUUGUUCCUGGGUUCGCAGAGGCAGUUAUUAAACGUCAUGCAGCAGUUUUGGGGCUAUCUUGCCUCGUUGAUGCAUUCCCGUAUGAAAUACCAAAGUGGAUGCCUGACGUACUUGUGAAGUUGGCAGGAUGUAUAUCUGAUCCUGCACCUAUUCAGACAACGGUGAAGAAGACGUUUGCUGAUUUCCGAAGAACACAUCAAGAUACUUGGCAUGAAGACAAGAAACAGUUUACGGAUAAUCAAUUAUCCAUCCUUUCUGAUUUGCUUAUUUCACCCUCUUAUUAUGCUUAA